GAGCAACGUACACCAAUGGGCGUUAAUAAAAUUCCAAUGGAGUUUCCCAAUCUCCUUAAGAGUAUCUCUGGUUGAGUUUCCCGCACCAAGCUAAUUAUUUCACAUGUCAUGAGUAUUCGCCAAGCCAUCGUCCCAAAUAGGAAUAUCGAAAAUGGAAUCAGAAUAAGUGUCUACUUAUGAUGCACGCAUAGGAGGAACAGCAGAAUGGACAGCCUUUAGUUCUGUAAGGAACUGCAGAAUGUGCCUUAAACACACAAGUCACCAUGAGGUUACCGAAGUUGGCCAUUGUUUUUGUCUUCUUGGGCUGCCUGGCGGCUUACCUGAUGUUUGUUAAGCACCACUAUGAUGGUGUAAGGCCAGCCAUCUCUAAAAUACCACCUCACUUCCACCCCAGAUUGGGCUUGUUGGGCAGCCCCAAUAGACCAACGUCCUCAGAAGUGGUCAGCCAACGUUUCCAGUAUGGCGUUAUGUUUGAUGCUGGGAGCACAGGGACAAGGAUCCAUGUCUUCAAGUUUCAACUGGAGGACAAUGAGGCUCCUAAAUUGGCUCAUGAAACAUUCAGAGCAAUAAAACCAGGUCUAUCUGCAUAUGCUGAUGAUCCAGAGAAGUGUAAAGAAGGGAUCUUGGAGCUGUUGGAGGUGGCCCAGGGCAGCAUUCCCUCCUCUGUGUGGAGCAGCACUCCUCUGGUCCUCAAGGCUACCGCAGGCCUUCGCCUUCUGCCUGGGGAGAAGGCCACACACCUACUGGACAGGGUGAGAGAGGUGUUUGUGGAGUCUCCAUUCCUGUCCAGAGGGGACAGUGUAUCCAUAAUGGAUGGCACUGAUGAAGGGAUCUCUGCUUGGAUCACUGUCAACUUCCUCAUAGGGGGUCUCCACGGCUCUGACACACCCACUGUGGGGAUGCUGGAUUUGGGAGGGGGGUCCACCCAGAUCACCUUCUCCCCUCAGGAUGAGAAGACCAUCCAGACCUCACCCAUCGAUUACAUGACAUCAUUUCAGAUGUUCAACAGCACCCACACACUCUACUCACACAGCUACCUUGGUCUAGGCUUGAUGUCGGCAAGACUAGCUGUCUUGGGAGGAAUCGAGGGACAGCCUUUAGAGGGCAGCAGCACAGAGCUAGUAAGCCCCUGCUUGGCCCCGGACUACUCUGGCCAAUGGGAACAUGCAGAAGUUCUGUAUACUGUGAAGGGCCAGAAGGCAGGAGAGCCCAUUUAUGACUCCUGCCUUAGGAAAGUGGAGAAGAUGCUGUAUGGGAAGGUGAAGAAGGCAGAGGAAGCCAAAGAUAUGGAAUUCUAUGCCUUUUCAUACUACUAUGACAGAGCUGUGGAUAUGGGAGCUAUUGAUGAGAAAAUGGGAGGGACUAUAAAAGUCAGCGAUUACAUUGAUGCUGCCAAGAGUGUGUGCAACGGAAUGAUGGUUACUCCAGGAGAGAAUCCGUUCCUUUGUCUGGAUCUAAUCUACAUCUCUAAGCUGGUGCAAGAGCUUGGUUUUCCCAAAGAAAAAGUAUUUAAGCUGGCGAGGAAGAUUGAUGAAGUGGAGACUAGCUGGGCUCUGGGGGCUACUUUCCACUACAUGAAGUCCCUCCACAGUCAGUGAGCUGCCAGUCUCUCCUCACUUACUGCUGCCAUGACAUGCCAGUGAUUCUGUGCUGUAAAGGACGCUCUGGGAAAAUGUCCUCAGUGAUUGUACUUGUUUUUCCUCAAUGCCAAGUUUUCGGAAUUUGAGUUUACCAGUCGCCUUUUGGAUGUUUGACUUUCUUUUAGCUGGUGUGAUUGUUUUAUACUUAAGGAAUGUUUUGUGUAAUAAAAGCACAUUCUACUGGUGUAGUUUGAAGGAGCAUGACCAGUUACAUAGUUGGUAUUUGAAUAUAACAUUGUGCUAAAAUGUCAUUUUCUGUGUACAAUUUUAUACAAUUCAGAAUCAACUGGGGUACUGAAGGAAUGUAUUUUGAAUAAAACAUAUUGAAACAA